CCUCAUCGUUAUAUCCGCCCAAAAAUCCCUAAAUCAGAUAACCGCCAUAGAUUAGGUUACCUUAUUGCAUUUGAGAAGCACAUUCGCCGUCAACGAUGGCCGCCGCCACCGCCACCGCCGCGCUUGCCGUCACGAAGCUCAUCGGCUGCUCUACUCCCAAGCUCAAGCAACCGUUUUCUCUCAUUGCUCCGCACAGAAAGCCUUCCUCAUUUGCGAGUCUCUCCCUCCGGAGCCGAUUCUCCACCGUUCCUAAAAUCUCCGCCGUCAUCUCCGUCGGCGACAAGCUCCCCGACGCCGAGCUCUCGUAUUUCGAUUCAUCGGACGAGCUGAAGACAAUCACCGUCUCCGAAUUGACCUCCAACAAAAAGGCGAUUCUAUUCGCCGUUCCCGGCGCAUUCACCCCAACGUGCUCUCAGAAGCACCUCCCUGGAUUCGUCGAGAAAGCUUCCGAAUUGAAGGCGAAGGGCGUCGAUUCAAUUGCGUGUAUUUCUGUCAACGACGCGUUCGUGAUGAAGGCGUGGAAGGAGGAUUUGAAAAUUGGCGACGAGGUUUUGCUGUUGAGCGACGGAAAUGGCAAUUUCACGAAGGCGAUCGGAUGUGAGCUGGAUUUGAGCGAUAAGCCGGUGGGCCUUGGGGUGAGGUCGAGGAGGUACGCCAUGUAUGUGGUAGAUGGAGUUGUUAAAAUCCUGAAUUUGGAAGAAGGCGGUGCAUUCAACGUUAGCAGUGCUGAGGACAUGCUCAAAGCGAUUUGAGAUUGGGAAGUUUUCACCACAAUUGUUGUUGGAUGCGAUCUUGUGAUAAUUCUGAAGAGUCAUUAUCAUGUCAUUUGCUGAUUACGUGAAAAUGGCACUAUGAUUCGAAAUAACUUGGGAGAUUUCCACCACAAUUGUUAAUUUUGGAUGCGAUCUUGUGAUGAAAAUGGAGCAACGAUUUCCAAUACAUUGGGAAAUUAAUUUUUGUUGUGGGAUGUGAUCUUGUGAUAAUGUAAUGGGAUGUUGUUGGCAUGUGUAGUUGAGUAGCUGCUAUAAUUUGAUUGAAUUGUGAAAUAAAUACGAUGGGUUUAUAUGUUGAGUUGAAGCUAAGCUUCAUGGAAUUGGAAGUAUUAUUAUUGUAGGCAGGG